UUGGCCGUGGCCGCGGCGCGGGCAGGCUGGAGCGGCGGCGGCGGCCGCGGCGCGUAAGAUGGCGACGGCGGCGGCGGGCGCGCAGCUGCGCCUGUGGUGGGGCUGGCUGUGGAGCGAGCGCUUCUGGCUGCCGCGCAACGUGAGCUGGGCCGACCUGGACGCCGGGCCGGACGGCGGCGACGGCCUGGGCUACCCGCAGGCCCGCCACAUCCUGGCGGUGUUCCCGCUGGCGGCGGGCGUGUUCUCCGUGCGGCUGCUCUUCGAGCGGUUUAUUGCCAAACCUUGUGCACUCCAUGUUGGCAUCCAGGACAGUGUUCCAUAUUUGGUCCAGCCCAAUGCUAUCCUUGAGAAGGUGUUCAUAUCUGUUACCAAGUAUCCUGAUGAGAAAAGGCUGGAGGGCCUGUCAAAGCAACUGGACUGGGAUGUUCGAAAAAUCCAGUGCUGGUUUCGUCACCGGAGGAAUCAGGAAAAGCCUCCAACGCUCACUAAAUUCUGUGAAAGCAUGUGGAGACUCACUUUUUAUUUAUGUAUGUUUUGCUACGGAAUUAGAUUUCUCUGGUUGUCUUCUUGGUUAUGGGACACUCGACAGUGCUGGCAUAGCUAUCCAUAUCAGCCUCUCACAAGUGGACUUUAUUACUAUUAUAUCAUGGAAUUGGCCUUUUAUUGGUCUCUUAUGUUUUCUCAGUUUACAGACAUUAAGAGAAAGGAUUUCCUGAUCAUGUUUGUGCAUCACUUGGCCACCAUUGGGCUCAUCACCUUCUCCUACAUCAAUAACAUGGUUCGUGUGGGAACACUGGUCAUGUGUCUACAUGAUGUCUCAGACGUUUUGCUAGAAGCAGCCAAGCUGGCCAAUUAUGCCAAGUAUCAGCGACUUUGUGACACCCUUUUCAUCAUCUUCAGUGCUGUUUUUGUGGUCACUCGACUAGGAAUCUAUCCGUUUUGGAUUCUGAACACGACACUCUUUGAGAGUUGGGAGAUCAUUGGGCCUUAUCCGUCUUGGUGGUUCUUCAAUGGCCUUCUCCUGAUUCUGCAGGUUCUGCAUGUCAUCUGGUCCUACCUGAUCGCACGAAUUGCUUUCAAAGCUUUGGCUCGGGGAAAGGUGCCUUUACCAAGGAUUAGACCCAGACUCUGUAUUCUCCGCUCUUUUCUCACCUCCUUCCUUUUUUCUGUUCCUGGUGGGAGCUGGACAGUUUCAUCUCUUGCAUGUAUCCAAGGAUGAUCGAAGUGAUGUAGAGAGCAGCUCAGAGGAAGAAGAUACAACCACCAACGCUAAAAAACCCUGUGGUAGCAGCUCCAGCAAUGGUGCCAAUCGGUUGAAUGGUCUUGUGAGAGGCAGCUACUGGGCUGAAGAGUGAAGAAAAUAGUCUGGGAACUUCAGCACACAUGAACUUGUAGGGCCACUGGCAGCCUACCCUUGGAGCCCACCACCACCUUUACUCAUUUGACUAGAGGGUCUGCAAGGCACAGAAAAAAAUCAGAGAAACAGAUAUUUUCACUUUUUUUAAACUUUGCCGUUUUAUAUUUAAUAGUCUCCAGGUUUUCAGUAAUGUUAUUUGCUCUGUGUGUGUGUUUGUGUUUAUGCAUGUAUAUGUACAUUUGUGCAUAUGCAUGAGUUCCAUUGUCUGGGUUGGGGCACAGUUCUGGGCUAAGUCCUGCCUGGUCCACCUUUGAACCCAUCUCAAUCCCAGAUUUGGCUGCACCUUAAUUCAUGCUGACUCUGGACUAUCUCCCUCCCUUAUUGCCCAUGGCUCUUGAGGCCCUAGCCAUCUGAAUGAAGCAUAUCAAGUUCAUUUCCAAGUUUCUGUACCAUUUUCUCCAUGAGUGCUGGAAUCUUUCAUAUGAAGAUAUUCGAAACAGACAACCAAGAUGGAUGGCCAGGAUUACUGUGUUCCUUGCUAGAUCCUCUACCUGCCACCUGAAGUGACAUGGACAGCUGCUGAAAUCCUGUUCCUUACGCUAUGGUACGCAGGGAGGGGAGGAGGGUGGGAGAGACGGAGCAGAGGGCUGGAGGAGGACAACAGCCACUGAUGAGCUGUUAACGGUUUUUACUAUGUUUACUCUUCUGUGAUUAAAAGUGCUUCAACCCA